GCUGAGCAGCAGCCAGUUGUGGUUUUCCUCCCUCUGAGCUCUCACUCUUUCACCAGGCUCCCUAUCCUCUUUCUAUCUUUCAGAUCAUCCUUUUUAAGUUUCUCUUUUUAAAUCCCCAUUCAUUCUGGAACAUUAGUGGAAGUAUUUGAGAGUGUGUGUGUGUGUGUGUGUGUGUGAGAGUGUGUAAGUGUGCACUGGGGGGUUUUCAGCAUGGAAGCAGUGGCGCUAUACACGUUUCGUGCCACUGAGGGUGACGAACUCAGUUUCAACAAAGGAGAUUUACUCAAGUGUGUGGCCCUCGGCGGACACCCCUGCUGUCGAGCUAAAGGCUCUGAUUCCAUUUGUUCGUUGACGACAGAUACAAUCACCAACAUGGAGGAUGAUCCCAACUGGUACACAGCUGAGCUCCACAACAGAAAAGGCUUCGUGCCCAAAAACUACAUCAACCUGCGGCCACAUGCGUGGUUUGCCGGUCGUAUAUCUCGUGGCGUGUCGGAAAGUCGACUGAGACACAGGGAAUGUGGAGCGUUUUUGGUCCGAGAGAGCGAGAGUGCUCCUGGGGAAUUUUCUAUGUCAGUCAGUUAUGGGGACCACGUCCAGCACUUCAAGGUGCUGCAGGAUCGCUGCAGUCAGUACUACGUGUGGGACGAGCUCUUCUCCUCCCUGAACGAGCUGGUGGAGUUCUACCAUAGCAACAGCAUCGCUAAGGAGAGGACCGUCUUUCUGCGAGACCCAGAACACUUUGCAAGACGUCCUCACCACGCCCACGCUCUCUUCGACUUCAACCCUCACCACCCCUCUCAGCUACGUUUCCUGCGGGGUGACGUCAUCGAGCUCAUUGACUGCUCCGACUCACUGCGCUGGAGGGGCCGUUGCCAUGGACACGUGGGCUACUUCCCGCCGGAGUAUGUCCAGCCUGUUUACCACUGCCAGUGAACCCACACUCAUCAGCGGGCCCCUUCCUCCCACCGCGCCUCCGCUCUUGGCUACCAAGUCAUCUCUGGAACAGAUGGCUGACAUGCCGAUUGACGUGCGAUGCAAUCACUAACAAACAUGCUGUACUUCUUCCUGUUUACCACUUCCUGAGAGAAACCUCUGACAGGCCACUCCAUCCCACAUCCUUUAAACAUGUAGAAAUAUUACAGGUGGAAAAAUACUGAUCAACGUCGGUACAGACUCAAGAAAAUGAUGAUGCAACACACACAACCUACGGAUGAAUCAACCCACCCCCUCGCAAAUUCGCUGUGCCAAGUUGACAGACACAAGUGGCAUUGUGUCGUGAAUAUUUGGACCAGGCGGCCUGAAAAUAGACUGACACAGCAGAUUCAUCCCUGUGGACUACAAUGUGGGUUUCUGUGUAUAUUUAGCGUGCACUAAUGAGAAUUUGUAUGCUUGCAUCUGUGUGGAAGUGUUGAGUGUGAUGACAUGUAAACAACCCUUUACUCUGUGGACCCAUCAAGGGGGCCACUGCCUGUUCUCGCAGAUAUUUAGCAGGAUUUUGUACAAAUAGUACUCAUGGCUCUAAACAUGACAAAAUAAUGACCACAUUUGCAGCACGGCAUAUCCACCAUGGGUGCAGUGGCGCUGAAAUUGCUUUAAAAAUUUAUAUCAUGCUUCGAGUCAUGUACAUUUUCUUUCUAAAAAAAACAGUGGAACCUCGGUUGGCGUACACCAGCUAGCGUGUUUUCCGGUUAACAUUUAAGUUACACCAAAAUUUUGGUUUGCGUGAGCGUACAAUAUGGCACACGUCUUGUCGUGUUAUUAAUACACUGCGUGAGUAACUGUGUUCUUAAUGUAUUUUUAUGACAAAAUGUCCAUGUUAGCAGCCUAUUUGCUUGCUAAUACAUGGAAAUAGGAAGCGGAAGUCAUCUUUGUCGCCCGUCUAUGAUGUCAUCAGUGGUUGACUAUGUAAUUCUUUGCUGCUUAAAGCCUAUGUCACAACUGGACGUACGCUUUUUUGGCUGUGUGAUUUUUGCCGUUCCCCAAAUCGCUGUGUUUUUUUUGUUCGUGGAGAACGUAGUUGUGCUGACCAUGAAGGAGUAAGGUCUCGACACGCAUGGAGGACGUACGAAAUAUCUGAACGUGUGUUGGCCGCACUAAUUACGUAUGUGUGAUGUACGAAUUACGCAUGUGGGAUGGCGUGCGGGGCGCGACACUCACAGGAGUCCGCAAGUAUGAAAAAAUUGAAAUUUUGCCCAAACCUGACACCAGCAAAACGUACGAAAGACACACGCUGGCCAUACGGACGUAGUGUUUCUCACAUUCUUUAUCAAAAUACAGGCUCCUGCAACUUUCUUUGGGUCUAUUUUGGUUUAUCUUGCAGCUGUGAUCAAAAGAAAAGCAGUGGCUUGAGGGAAACACAAAACACACAGAAUUCAAGACAUACUGUAACUCAUGACAAAAUAGGAAGGUGGUGACCUUGUUGAUCUCGCUGCCACAUCGUGUCUUUGGCAACAAUCACGUCUUCAAUGAAGGUAAAAGUAACCCUUUCAUUCAUAAUUUAUAUGUAUUUAUAUGCAUUUGGAAUUGUUUUCUGCAUAUAAAACUAUAGUUCUAAAACUAUAAAAACAUGUUUUGUGUUAACAUUUUUGGCUUUCUAGAAUGGAUUACUGCAGUUGGAUUGAUAUUAUUUCUUGCGGGAAAAAUUCAUUACAUUCAUUACAAUUCAGUACAUUUCGGUUAGAGUCGGACCUUCUUGAACGGAUUAAUGACGCAAACCAAGGUUCUCACUGUCCUUGCAAGAACACACUGCAUUGUGUUUCAGCUAACAGUGGAUAGGACACUGGGGGGAAAAAACUCCACUUUGCUUCGCAAAUACACAGUUUAAACUGUAAAUCAGACAUUAAAAUCAACAAUAUUUAAGUGUUUAUUUGUAUGUAAUCUUCUAUUUUAAAUAUAAGAACUAGAAAUAGAAUAUGAUUGACUAUAUAAAGGUGUUUCUGUUGCAAUAGUUAGAGGACUCCACAGCUGCAGUAUUUAAAGACACCUGUAUUUACAAGUCAUUGAAAUAAAGUGAGCAAGUUUCUGUUUUCA